AUGGCCCGAGGCGCAGAGCGAGGCGGCGGGGCGGUGGGCUGGGGGAUGCGCGGCGCCCUGGCGGCCGUGGCGCUGCUUUCGGCGCUCAACGCGGCGGGCACGGUGUUCGCGCUGUGCCAGUGGCGCGGGCUGAGCGCGGCGCUGCGAGCCCUGGAGGCCCAGCGGGGCAGGGAGCAGCGCGAGGACAGCGCACUGCGCGCCUUCCUGGCCGAGCUGAGCCGCGCCCCGCGCCGGGCGCCCGCGCCACCCCCGGACCCCUCGAGCGCCGCGCGCAACAAGCGCAGCCACGGCGGGGAGCCCGCGCCGCACAUCCGCGCGGAGAACCAGGACAUGCUGAUGAUGAUGACCUACUCCAUGGUGCCGGUCCGAGUGAUGGUGGACCUGUGCAACAGCACCAAGGGCAUCUGCUUGACAGGACCUCCUGGCCCACCAGGACCUCCAGGAGUUGGUGGGUUUCCAGGACACAAUGGAUCAGACGGACAACCUGGUCCCCAGGGCCCAAAAGGCGAAAAAGGAGCAAAUGGAAAAAGAGGAAAAAUGGGGCUACCUGGAGCCACAGGAAAUCCAGGUGAAAAGGGAGAAAAAGGAGACCCUGGUGAAUUGGGCUCAGCAGGAAAUGAGGGCCCUCCAGGGCAGAAGGGAGAAAAGGGAGACAAAGGAGAUGUGUCCAACGAUGUGCUGCUGGCAGGUGCCAAAGGAGAUCAAGGCCUACCUGGCCCACCUGGGCCCCCAGGACCCCCAGGCCCUCCAGGACCCCCAGGAAGCAGAAGAGCCAAAGGCCCUCGGCAGCCAAACAUGUUCAACGGCCAGUGCUCAGGAGAGACAUGUGCCAUACCAAAUGAUGACACCUUGGUUGGUAAAGCUGAAGAGAAGAUCCACGAGCACCGUUCCCCUCAAGCAGACUCCAUGAUCACUUCCAUUGGAAAACCAACGCAAGUAUUCAAACUUACGGAGACAUUUGGGACUUGGAUAAGAGAGUCUGCUAACAAGAGUGAUGACCGCAUCUGGGUGACUGAACACUUUUCAGGUAUCAUGGUGAAGGAAUUCAGAGACCAGCCCUCACUUGUGAAUGGCAGUUACACGUUCAUCCACCUCCCACAUUAUUUCCAUGGCUGUGGGCAUGCUGUUUACAACAACUAUCUCUACUACCACAAAGGCGGUUCCAACACCAUAGUGAGAUUUGAAUUUGACAAAAAAACAUCCCAAACUCUGAAGCUUGAAAACGCCUUGUAUUUUGAUCGAAAAUACCUUUUUGCAAACUCCAAGACUUAUUUCAAUCUAGCUGUGGAUGAAAAGGGCCUCUGGAUUAUCUAUGCUUCAAGUGUGGACGGCUCGAGUAUUCUCGUAGCACAACUGGAGGAAAAGACAUUUUCCGUGGUGCAACACAUCAAUACCACGUACCCCAAAUCCAAGGCUGGCAACGCCUUCAUCGCCCAAGGAAUCCUCUAUGUCACAGACACCAAAGAUAUGAGGAUAACAUUUGCCUUUGAUUUGUUAGGAGGGAAACAGAUCAAUGCAAACUUUGAUUUAAGAACUUCCCAAUCUGUUCUUGCCAUGUUAUCAUACAACAUGAGAGAUCAGCAUCUAUAUACAUGGGAAGAUGGCCAUUUAAUGCUCUAUCCUGUGCAGUUUUUGUCAACAACAUUAAAUCAGUGACAAAUUGCCUUUUGUUCCCCUCAGUAAAUUUCAGAUGUUUUCUGGGGCCAUUUCUAUCUCAGCAGAAAACUUGUCUUUAAGGGUAGCUGGUUACUUAGAAGAUAAUCUCCUGAUAUAGGUGUUUAUAUGGCUUGUGAGUCUCCUUUAAAAUCAGGUUGCUUAGUGAAAUAGCAAUGGAUUGGAAGUUAAAAUGGCU